AAGUAAAUAAUUCAUUCAUUUUAGUCCCCACAAAAUUACAAAAAAUGCUUUCCCACAUUUCAGCUUCACUCUCUCACACCUCUUCCACCACCACCGCUUCCUUCCUCCUCCGCCGCGGCCCAUCUCUUCGACCCAAAUUCCCUUUUUGCCCUUACAAACCCUCCAAAUUUCAAAAACAACACCGUUUUGUGUUUUCUUCAAUGGACUCAGCUGCCACUGUUGAUUCAGUUGCUAAUGAUUUAAAGAAACAAAGCUUAAAAGGAACUGAAAAUGUUGAUAUUAGUAGUAAAUUGAAUAUUGAAGAGCUUAAUUGGGAUAAUUCUUUCGUUCGUGAAUUGCCUGGUGAUCCCAGAAGUGAUAGUAUUCCAAGAGAGGUGUUGCAUGCUUGCUACACAAAAGUGUUACCCUCUGUAAAGGUUGAUAACCCUCAGCUUGUAGCAUGGUCAGAAUCAGUGGCGGAGUUACUCGAAUUGGAUCCCAAAGAAUUUGAGAGGCCUGAUUUUCCCUUUAUAUUCUCGGGGGCAUCACCAUUAGUGGGAGCGAUGCCUUAUGCCCAAAAUUAUGGCGGACAUCAGUUCGGCAUGUGGGCCGGUCAGUUAGGGGAUGGUAGGGCGAUAACUCUUGGAGAGAUUUUGAAUUCGAAGUCUCAAAGGUGGGAGCUGCAACUGAAGGGUGCUGGAAAGACCCCAUAUAGUCGUUUUGCUGAUGGUCUUGCAGUGCUUCGUAGCAGCAUUCGGGAAUUCCUUUGCAGCGAAGCAAUGCAUAGUCUUGGAAUCCCAACAACACGAGCACUUUGUCUAGUGACGACAGGAAAAGAUGUCCUGAGGGAUAUGUUUUACGACGGAAAUCCCAAAGAUGAGCCUGGUGCAAUUGUCUGCAGAGUUGCCCAAUCCUUCCUGCGUUUUGGUUCUUAUCAGCUACAUGCCUCCAGAGGUAAAAAGGAUCUUGAGAUUGUCCGUGCUUUGGCAGACUACGCCAUUAGAUAUCACUUCCCCCAUUUGGAGAACAUGACUAGGAGUGGAAGUAUAUCAUUCAACACUGGUGAGGAAGACAAUUCAGCUGUGGAUUUAACUACAAACAAGUAUGCAGCAUGGGCAGUGGAAGUCGCUGAGCGAACCGCUUCAAUGAUUGCCAGGUGGCAGGGUGUUGGUUUCACACAUGGAGUGAUGAACACUGAUAACAUGAGCGUGUUAGGACUCACCAUCGACUAUGGCCCUUUUGGAUUUUUAGAUGCUUUUGAUCCCAGUUUCACACCAAAUACCACUGAUCUUCCUGGCAGAAGAUACUGUUUUGCAAAUCAGCCAGAUGUGGGUUUAUGGAAUAUUGCACAGUUUACCUCUGCUCUAUCUACUGCGGAGUUGCUAAAUGAUAAGGAGGCUGAUUAUGCCAUGGAAAGUUAUGGCAACAAAUUUAUGGAUGAUUACCAAGCUAUCAUGACCAGAAAACUUGGUCUGGCAAAGUACAAUAAAAAGUUGAUUGGUGAACUACUCAAGAAUAUGGCCAUUGAUAAAGUUGAUUAUACAAAUUUCUUUCGAUUGCUAUCAAACAUCAAAGCUGAUCCUACAAUUCCAGAGGACCAGUUAUUGAUUCCUCUUAAAGCUGUUCUCUUGGAUAUUGGCGAGGAACGCAAGGAAGCCUGGGCAAGCUGGGUAAAGGCUUACAUACAAGAGCUCUCUACAACUGGUGUUUCCGACGAGGAGAGGAAGGUUUCGAUGAAUUCUGUAAAUCCAAAGUACAUACUUAGAAACUAUUUAUGCCAGACUGCUAUUGAUGUAGCAGAACAAGGCGAUUUUGGGGAGGUUCGGCAGCUAUUAAAGGUAAUGCAAUGCCCAUUUGAUGAACAACCGGGUAUGGAGAAGUACACACGGUUGCCUCCAGCUUGGGCCUAUCGUCCGGGUGUAUGCAUGCUUUCUUGUUCUUCAUAAGAUUUUUCCACUAUGUAAUAGUACAAGAGUUUUAACUUGUAUAUAACAGAAAUUAGUUCUUCAAUCUUGUAGUAAUGUGCAAAAGGCAUAGCUUGCGUCUAUUCCA